AAACGUCAUGCAACAUACAGAUCAACCCUUUUGUUUUCCCAAAGCAGGUCAUGCAAGUAAUAUAAGAUCUCGGCUCUAGCAGUAGCUAGUCGCUUCGGAAUGCGCGCGCACACACACACACGCACACACACACUUUACUCAAUUAUCUAUUCAUGCAAGAGGACUGAGAACGAUACUACCCUCCUCAAGUCUGCUGGGAUCGGAUUGGGUCUCCGAUCCCCAUUCCAGAGUUUUGGCACCUCUCAAAGAUACGACACCAAGCAGCCUAGUACCUUUAGCCACCGCUUGGACUAAUAACAUCCUGGCUUAGCAUCUUAGUGACUGCCACAGCGGGACCUAUAAAACGUAUGCG